AUGAAUCGCAGAAGGACCGAAAGCCCGGUGUACGCCCGCCAGCGGAGCGGAUCAAGCAGCGGCUCAUCUCCGGCCGGUUCGCCGGCGCAUCCUCGUUCCAGGCUUCCUCCGGCCGCCGCCGGCAUGUCGACCAUCAAGAGGACUCAGAACGUGGCGGCUAAAGCUGCGGCCCAGCGGCUGGCGCUGGUCAUGGCGUCCAAGACCCCCAACGAUGACGAAGAGGACGAGGACGAUGAUCUAGGGUUCCGGUUCGGGCCUCCUCCUUCACUCUCGAGCAACAGUAAUAUUAAUAGGAGCGACAGUGGUGGUCUCUCUGGGAUCGCGUUCUCUAAGCCGAAUAGAUCGCCAUCACCUGCGUUAGGUCGCAACUUUAUGGAUGUUGCUCCUCCAGUUCGUUCAACAUCAGCUGGAAGACCUUCAAUGUCUGUUCGUACUGGAACAAAUACAGUCGCACCACCAAGUAAAUCCUCUUUGAAAACUCCAGUUACCAUUCCACCAAUUGAACCUCCGAGUAGCAGAUUAAGAGAGAAGAGGUUUGUACCUGAUGUUGGGCGUGACUUGAAUGAUUCCGCAAAACAGCAUGAGGCUUCUGCACUUCGUGAUGAACUUGAUAUGCUACAAGAAGAGAAUGAAGCAAUUUUAGAUAAGCUUCGUCGUGCAGAAGAAAAACGUGAAGAAGCAGAAGCCAGAGCCCGGGAGUUGGAGAAACAGGUUAGAAGCUUAGAGCUAAGAAAAUCAGUUCAUCAGUUUGAAUUUUGUGCGGCUAUUAAAGCUGCAGCACAGACAAAGGAUGGACGAGAUGAAGAACUUGCAGCUCUUCGCGCAGAACUUGAGAACCAAAAAGAUGAGACUGCAAGUGCUAUGGAACAGCUUAAUGAGGCUGAAUCUGAAGCAAAAACUCUUCGAGCAAUGACCCAGAGGAUGAUUUUGACGCAUGAAGAGAUGGAAGAAGUUGUUCUGAAGAGAUGCUGGCUUGCUCGCUAUUGGGGUUUAGCUGCGCGAUAUGGUAUAUGUGCAGAUAUAGCAGUUUCCAAGUAUGAAUACUGGUCAUCUUUAGCUCCUCUUCCCUUUGAGGUGGUUAUCUCUGCUGGUCAGAAGGCCAAAGAGAAAUCUUGGCAUGGUGGAAAUUACUCAGAUCGGAGCCAACCUGCGCGGGAUUUGAAUGAUUUGUCUGGGGAAGGAAAUAUUGAGAGUAUGCUUUCAGUGGAGAUGGGUUUGAGGGAACUGGCUGCCUUGAAGGUUGAGGAUGCUGUUGUGUUCGUAUUAGCCCAAAGUCGACGUUCAACUUUAGUUCGCCAAUCCUUUACAGAUCCGAAAUCAUCUGGUGAACCAAAGUACACGGAUGCAGUUGAAUUGAGUCAAGAGGAGUCUGAAGAUGUUCUUUUUAAGGAGGCUUGGCUUACAUAUUUUUGGAGAAGAGCAGUAGCGCAUGGUGUUGAGGAGGAUAUUGCGGAAGAGCGACUUCAGUUAUGGAUAAGCCGCAGUGGACAAACCCCAACCUCACAUGAUGCUGUUGAUGUUGAAAGAGGUUUAACAGAGCUGAGGAAAAUGGGAAUCGAGCAGCAGCUGUGGGAGGCCUCCAGGAAGGAGAUCGGCCAACCCCCUUUUGCUAACGGCAAACACAGUCCAGAAUCAGAAUCCUAG